GUCAGACUCUGGAUAUAAAAAAUGUUCUGCAGAGAAGAAAAAUGUGGAGUCAUGUAGGAAAGGCCGCAGAGGAGUGAAGCUUAGCUGCAAAGACUGUGGCAAAAUAUUUGUUGGAAAACGGUAUUUAAACAGACACAUGAGAAUCCAUACAGGAGAAAAGCCUUUUUGUUGUGAUUUAUGUGGAAAAAGAUUUAACGAUACAUCCUCUUUAAAAAGACAUACGAGAAUCCAUACAGGAGAAAAGCCUUUUUGUUGUGAUUUAUGUGGAAAAAGAUUCAACGAUAAAUCCUCUUUAAAUAGACAUAUGAGAAUCCAUACAGGACAGAAGCCUUUCUGUUGUGAUCUAUGUGGAAAAAGCUUUAGCGAUAAAGGACAUUUAAACAGACACAUGAGAUCCCAUACAGGACAGAAGCCUUUCUGUUGUGAUCUAUGUGGAAAAAGCUUUAUCUCCAAAUUAAAUUUAAACAUACACAUGAGAGUCCAUACAGGACAGAAGCCUUUCUCUUGUGAUCUAUGUGGAAAAAGCUUUAGCAUCAAAUCAAGUUUAAACAGACACAUGAGAAUCCAUACAGGACAGAAGCCUUUCUCUUGUGAUCUAUGUGGAAAAAGCUUUAGCGAAAAAGGACAUUUAAACAGACACAUGAGAACCCAUACAGGACAGAAGCCUUUCUGUUGUAAUCUAUGUGGUAAAAGCUUUAUCUCCAAAUUAAAUUUAAACAUACAUAUGAGAGUCCAUACAGGACAGCAGUCUUUCUGUUGUGAUCUAUGUGGAAAAAGCUUUAACCAAAAAUCAUAUUUCAUGACACACAUGAGAACCCAUACAGGACAGCAGCCUUUCUGUUGCGAUCUAUGUGGAAAAAGCUUUAGCUCCAAAUUAAAUUUAAACACACACAUGAGAAUCCAUACUGGACAGCAGUCUUUCUGUUGUGAUCUAUGUGGAAAAAGCUUUAACCAAAAAUCAUAUUUCAUGACACACAUGAGAACCCAUACAGGACAGCAGCCUUUCUGUUGCGAUCUAUGUGGAAAAAGCUUUAGCUCCAAAUCAAAUUUAAACACACACAUGAGAAUCCAUACUGGACAGCAGCCUUUCUGUUGUGAUGUAUGUGGAAAAAGAUUUAGCCAAAAAUCUAAUUUAAGCACACACAUGAGAAUCCAUACAGGACAGAAGCCUUUCUGUUGUGAUCUAUGUGGAAAACGAUUUAGCCAAAAAUAUAAUUCAAACAAACACCUGACAACUCAUACAGGACAGCAGCCAUUCUGUUGUGAUCUAUGUGGAAAACGAUUUAGCCAAAAAUCAACUUUAAACCAACACAUGACAACUCAUACAGGACAGAAGCCUUUCUAUUGUGAUUUAUGUGGAAAACGAUUUAGCCAAAAAUCAACUUUAAACAAACACAUGAAAAUCCAUACAGGACAGGUGCCUUUCUGUUGAUUUCUGAUGAUUAAAACGUAGAUAAAUAAAAAUGUAAACAAUGUAUAGGGCUGGACGAUAUAGGAAAAAAAGCUUAUCGAUUAAAAAAAUGCA